AUGCUUACCCAUAUCUCCCGUUUGGCUGGCACUGAUAUUCAGCGAUAUGUCUCCCGUACCAUUGCUGAGCGCAUGACCCAGGCUGAACUCGAGGUUCCUUCCAUUUUUUUCCCAGCAAGCUACCUAUUGCGUGAGCCGUUUGAUACCCCCCAGUACCAUAACAGUGUUCGAGGCAUUAUGGAGGACCACCGUGACUUUUGGGAUGAUCAGUUGGUCACAAUACUAUAUUUGAAUUCCGCAUUUAUCGGGCAUACCGAGAGGCCUCUGGCUGUAAAAUACUACUUGAGAAGCUGGAGUCUGACGCAGCGAACUUUGCGUCGCAUGUUGACUGUGUGGCUUGAGGAGGAGACCGAAUUUGAGGAAGUCGAAGAUUGGCUCGCCAAAUUAUCGACCAUGUAUCCGUGGGACCGCUUCCACGUACGCUAUGUUGGCAUGACCCGCGGCGAACCUAUCCGGCGUCACAUUCAAGAUGUUGAAUCCAGAGGCGGUUUUCUUGGCAAGUUCCUGCAGACGCUGUAUACGGUGGAUCGUCAGGCAUUUGAAGGCGUCCAAAUUUACGAGUUCACUCAAGCUAGAAUGCCGCUGCUUGGCAGUACAAGUACGACACGAGACUUGCAAGAGCAAAGCAUCAUUGCUUUCUUUGGUGUCGAUAAGCUGCUGAAUAUCCAGCAUGGUGGCCAAUUCUUCUCUUACCAACCGAGCGAGGAACAGAGAAACAUCUUAAUGCAAACGCGCGGCCAAUUUUUCCAUCUUUUUGAGCAACAUGCCAACUCGGACCAACACUUGGUGGAGAGUCUACGUCCUUGGGUAGAGGAAAUCCGCACAGAAAUAACGAUGCAUCAGCUGCCUUCCUCUGCCGAUAUCUUUACUAUGCUCAGGCAACAAGCGACACCGCUAUCGGUGAGAGGAUGUGUCGUACUGGCUCUUGUCGGUUACGACAUUACCUUUGGGGAUUAUAUGGAAGCGCGCCCCUUUUUCGAACAAUCUCGAGCGGGCUUAUUGACGAAGCAGUUGCUUGCCGCUCAAAAAGCUUACGCCGAUGGUCGCACCGAAUGGCGGCAGGAAGAUUUCAUGGGGGCUGCGUUCCCUUUUGUAGACGCGUUCCCUUGGUUGGAUACCUCGAACGCGAGGAACGCUGGUGUCCGGCAAUUGACUCACUAUCUCAACCUUGUCCAGCCGUUGGUCGUGGUCACUUUUUCCCGGGAGGUGACUUCCCUCGCUUUUGCUGACUUUCUGCACAGCCAUGGUCUAACGCACCAGCCCGGACCUAGGUUCCUGAAACACGUUGGCGUGCCCCGUUUGGUCUAUCUUUUGGACGAAGAGUGGCUGGAGUCCUCUGGGGAUGAGGAAGAACGACAACAGCGAGUGGCCAUUAUUGUGCCCCAUUUUGAUCCCGGGUACGAACGUUACGGCCCGCGUUCACAAGAACUCAUCCACCUGAUGGAACUCACAUGGUCCGUGACUUUCAUCAUCGCUGAGAUGGUCCUCAAUUGUAUCCUGGAAGUAGGAGGCUCACGAAGGCAGAUGAUCGAACGCAUCUGGCCUUCCAUCAUGGAUGGAUCGUUGCUGGACCCUCGUCUCCAAAGACUGUACCGUGACAUUGAACAACUCAAAGCCAACAUCAUUAGUGAACGUGUCCAAAAUCUGCGACGGCAACCACGUAAUGUUGCUGAGACUCGGAGCGAGCUUUGGAGAGACAUUGUUCGUCAGAAUAUGUCGCAGCAUGGUGUUGCAGAAGGUGCUCCUGGCAGUUUGGAACGUCGUCAGCAAGUGGAGAGACUUUGGCGCAUGAACAUGCCCUCGUUGCAUAUACACUUGGACCGAAGCGAUAAGCAGUCAUGGGUUGAUUGGGCAAUAACACGAAAUGAAGGCACCAGCUACUUUGCUAGUGCCAUGCGGUAUGUUGGUGCGUCGCGAACACACCCCUGCUACAAUGCACUUCGCCAAUUUGCCCCCGAAGGUGCCGCCGACGAUGGAUCAUGGCUGUACGAUGAGGAAUUGAUGACUCAGGCAGCUUCACAGUGGGGUGCAUGGAUGAAACAGUUCCUUCCCGCUGAUCACUUUAGCUCCCAAAACCAAAGGCACCGUGUCACCCAUUGGUUAAGCCAGCAGUCCGAAGAGUACGAAUAUACAGCAACCAUGGAGGGUCGUCUCAUCUAUGUUCCUGCGACCUGGGCUGCCCGACUACGUUGGCUCGACGGCUCGAUUGAACGCACCUUGCAGCUCAAGUUUCCAAAUUCCCUGUUUGACAGCGAUCGCAAGGAAGAUCGAAUGUGCAGACUGCGGUUCCUGCCUGAAGGCAUUGGUCUCGAGAGUGAAGAUGGAGAGCAACUGGGGGUACGAGCGUUGCGCAACCUGACAUACCUGAGGGCGCAAGAAGACGGAGCGCACCUUGUUCGCCUUUGGCAGCAAGAACGUCUUCGUCUCGGCGAUACCACCGCCGGAACCGAAAUCAUCCCAGGUCAUGCCGACGUCCCAGCGAACCAGCGUCGCAAACCGCUGCAGGUCAGUUCGGGUGAACGAUCGAAGGAGCCGUUCAGGCAAUUCAUCUAUGAUACCGAUGCCCUGGGUCUCCUUCGCCGGUUUCUAGACCAACGGUUCCUGCAGGGUGGGUACGUUAACCUUGCUCCACCCAAUCUGCAGCCUCAUAUAAGUACCGAGUCGAUCGCCUUUCAGGCCGUUUUUGACCGCUUCUUACGACGUCAUACAGAUCACCCACAUUAUCAUACAUGGCACGCCUGGAAUAGCGAUAUCUCAAAAUGGGGCCGCCAUUAUUUCGUUAAUAUUGAAUUGCUACGUCCAGGAUCCACUAAACACGAUCAUUGGGAAAAUCUGCCAGCAGGGUCUCGUCGCCGUUGCUCCCAUAUCCGUAUCGCACCGAGACCUUGAUCUGCU